CAACAAGCCGCGGUGAGUGUGUAUUUAUAGACUCAUAAAUAAAUAGUAUCAAAGAAAUAUAUAUACACUGUAGUGUAUUUACUAUAGUAGUAGUAAAUAGUGUAGAGUCAAAAGAUUAUUCUGAAUCUCGAAUCUAAGAGAAAAGCCUUUCAUAGUGAGAGUAGUGCCACCCGAGGACGCCGAGACUUGACUUUGAGAGUGCUCCUCGUUUUCACAGUUUUGAAAACUUUUCACACCACACGAAAGGGGUUUUAAUUUUUUUCAUCUACCGUCGAGAAUAAAUAGGUGAUCAUAACAAACCUUGCACAUCAGUAUCUUAGUAUCGAUCUCUAUAUUAUAUAUAUCAAUAUGAAGUUUUCCACUAUCUUUGCCGGUGCCAUGUUGGCUGCCGUAGCCUCGCUUACAACUGCUGCCGUUGAGGUUGAAGACGGUGUAUAUGUGCUUGGCGAUGACACCUUCGCCGACUUUGUGAAGGAGAACGAGUUUGUUCUUGCCGAAUUCUACGCCCCAUGGUGUGGCCACUGUAAGUCCCUAGCCCCUGAAUACUCGCAGGCGGCGAAGGAGCUUGCUGAGACCAGUGUCAAGCUCGCCAAGGUAGAUGCUACCGUGCACACACAGAUUGCAUCCAAGUACGAUGUCAAGGGAUACCCUACCCUUAAGUUCUUCCGCUCUGGUAACGUCGGCGAGUACGGAGGUGGUCGCAAGGCUCCCGAGAUCGUUAGCUGGUUGACCAAGAAGACUGGACCCGUUGCCGUUACCCUAGAGACCGUUGAUGCGCUUAGCACACUACAGGAGGCUAAGGAUGUGCUUGUUGUUGGUGUGUUCGAUGAUGUCGAGAGUGCAGCUGCCAAAGCUUUCCUAGCUGUCGCCGCUGGUUUGGACGAUGUGAGCUUCGGCAUCACAUCUAACGCUGAUGUGCGCUCCGAGCUUAAGGUUGAGGGUGAUGCCGUUGCAUUGCUCAAGCAGUUCGAUGAGGGUCGCAACGACUACGAGGGUGACUUCUCUGAGGCUACCCUUAAGGAAUUCAUCUCUGGAAACAGUCUUCCUAUCGUCAUGGAGUUCAACGCUGCUAACCAGCCCAAGAUCUUCGGAGGUGACAUCAAGACCCACAUGCUGCUGUUUGUCACUCCCGAGGAGUACAAGGAGAACCUGCAGACCUGCUAUGAGGAUGCUGCUCGCCAGUUCAAGGGCAAGGUUAUCUUCAUCACCGUCGACCCCUCUGCCGAGGCCUCUGGGCAGGUUAUGAACUACUUCAAGGUUGAGAAGUCCCCUACCGCCAUGCGUUUGAUCAACAUGGACAACGAUAUGCUGAAGUUUGUGCCCGAGGGUGAGAUCACCUGCGAGACGUUCGAGCCUUUCAUGCAGAAGUUUGUCGAUGGUGAGCUUCAGCCCCACCUUAACUCUGAGGAUGUUCCUGAGGACUGGAACGCAGAGCCCGUGAAGGUGCUUGUUGGAAAGAACUUCCACGAGGUUGCCUUUGACGAGAAGAAAGACGUCUUCGUGGAGUUCUACGCUCCCUGGUGCGGCCACUGCAAGUCUCUGGCCCCCAUCUGGGAUGAGCUCGCCGAGGGAUACGAGUCCAACGACAACGUGGUUAUCGCCAAGAUGGACUCUACCGCCAAUGAAGUCAAGGAGGUGUCUGUCAAGGGCUUCCCCACGCUGAAGUUCUUCCCCGCUGGUUCCAAGGACAUUCUCGACUACGAAGGCGCACGCACGCUGGAAGCGCUGAAGGAGUAUGUAGAUGCCAAGGUCGGAAGUGAGGCUGCUGAGGAGACUCAGGAGGAGGCCGCGGAGGGUCACGAGGAGUUGUAAAUGGGGUGCGUAUGCGCAUAGUAUACCGUACGCCUGUGUGUGUGCGAACGCGUGUGUAUAGAAGCACUUUGGGUGGGUUGUGUAUUCAAAGCCGGUGUUAAUUCGCGGCUUUGGGUACGUUGGUCCCGCAAAGGUGUUUGCCGUUGUUGCAAAAUAUCCUUUUUUUGGAAGUGUUGGCGGUCGCACAAGGACUGCACACGCUCGGAUUGGGGAAUACUAUUGGACCUACCGGUUUCAAACCAAACACCUAAACCGGUACACACCACUUUAAAUUAGGAUCAAAUAAUUGACCUUAUUUAUGAUCGAGUGGCAUCUCAAUCUACAGAGACGUGAUGACAGCCAAAGCACACAAGAGAGAGACGGGCUGUGGUUGAUGCACUGACCAUGGGGCAAUAUGCGGUUGUGCACCUGCAUGCACGCUUGCAUGCAGCAGUCAACCAAGCGAGGUCGUGUGGUUCAUUCUUAACCUUGGCCGAACGACACGUGUGGAGAUAUCUCUAUGCAGUUACACAAACCAGUUGAUUCUGAAUAAAGUUGUUUCAAAAGUUACGUCUAAAUAUCACUUUUAUGUAAAUACCGAAUGCUGAUGUAAACUCCUAUGUUAAGGGUUUCCGGCUUUCUCCUAAGCCAGACAAUGUUUUAAACUCCUAGAAUACGGACACGCCCGGC